CAAGGCAAAGCAACAGUUUUUAUGUUUUAAAAAUAUUAGUGAAAUUUGUAAGCAACGAAACGACGCGUUUUGCAAAAUUAUUUUGGCUGUCCAAGUCCUCUAGGGUUCUGCUCUUGGUCUUCUCCGAAAACAGAAGGGUUUUAGUCCAAUUCCCAUUUUCUUCUUUAUCUUUUCUCUCGAGAAAGAGGUUAGUUUUCUCGUAUCCUUCUUCUGAUGCUACUUGGAACUGAAUCUCAUUUCAUUUGAUUCGAUUUCCAAUGUUUUAUUUUCUCUGCAAAACCAUUCUCCACCAUGGGAGUGGGAGACAAACUCCGGCGACUACACUUAUGCUAAAACACAAACAUUAUUUGCUUCAAAACCUGUUUAUGAAUGCCAGAUGUGUCUCCAGUGAAGCAAAUCCAAAUCAACAAUCAUUCCCAGUCUCUUACCUCAUAAAUAAAUGUGGGUUCUCUCUAGGAUCUGCUCUAUCAGCUUCUAAACGUCUCACUUUUGAAAUCCCAGAUCAACCUGACGCAGUGAUUCACAUGUUCAAGCGCUAUGGUUUUUGUGAUGCCGAUAUCUUUAGACUAAUUAAAAGAUAUCCACGAGUCCUUUCGUGCAAUCCUGACAAAACCCUCUUGCCAAGACUCGAGUUUUUUUAUUCUAAAGGCAUGUCAAACACUGAUAUUGCCCACAUUUUAUGCGGAUGCCCUCUUCUUUUAGGCAGAAGCUUGCAAAAUCAUGUAACUCCUAAUUUCAACUUACUUAGUGAUCUGCUUCUAUCCGACAACAAAGUCAUUUCUGCUGCCAGAAAUGACCCGUUUAUUCUAUUUCGUCACGGUGACAGAUAUUUGAAACCUUUUAUCGACCUUUUGCAAGAUCAAGGAGUUCCCAGAACACAGAUUGCGUCCUUAAUUUGCAACUGGCCUAGGUCUAUCGGUGUAUGCCUAAAUCAUUUCAGAAAGUGCGUCGAGGAAGUUAGAGAAAUGGGUUAUGAUCCUUCUAGUGCAGAGUUUAUUAGAGCAGUGGUGGUAUUGAGUCAAUUGGGAAAAUCUGGGUGGGAAAGAAAGGCUGUUGUUUAUAAGAGUUGGGGUUGGUCUGAGAAAGACAUUCUUGUUGCUUUCAGAAAGAACCCGUGGAGCUUGAUGACAUCGGAGAGUAAGAUUAUGGCAGUGAUGAAAUUUUUCGUUGAGAAAAUGGAUUGUGAGUCUUUAUAUCUUGCAAAACACCCAAAUCUUUUGAUGUACAGCUUGGAGAAGAGACUCAUACCAAGGGCUUUGGUUCUUCAUUUUCUGUUAAGGAAUAAGUUGAUUGACAAGAAGCCUAACUUGAAUACUUUGUUUGUGUAUUCUGAGAAGUUGUUCCUUGAGAAGUUCGUGAAUUGUUUUGAUGAAGCCCCCCAGCUAUUAAAGCUAUAUAGAGAUCAAUCAGAUCUUGCAAAAUGACAUGGAAAUGGAAUCGUUUUGUGAAAUUUCCCCCAGAUUUCCUUGGAUACUGUAAUGCAACUCCAAGGCAAAGCUACUCUAAGAUUUGUUGCUGUAUUUGGAGUCUUAAGACCCGUCCGUCAGCCCCUUUGAGUUUCGGUUGGUGGAGAACUGGGGAGGGGCACAUGAUAUUAAUGGGCAAUACUGUAGGGAAGCUUACAAGGAUUUGAAUUCAUAACCAUGAUCUGUGCUUUAGGAAUUUCUGUAUCACCUUCUUGUAGUACAACUCCGAAGAAAGAAACGAUUUCUGAUCCUCUGAACCAUCGAUGAAGAAUCUUGAAGCUGUGUUUCAUUAUUUGGAUCUUCAAAAUCAUUACCAGUAUUGUGGUGUUAUUAGUGAUGAAAUUUCAGAUGUAUCUGAAUUGAAUAUCUUCUUAAAUGAUGGUGGCCAAAAAUCUAUCGGGAUCAACUAAGAAUGUGGUGGGAUUAUAAUGGUAAAGUCCUCUCCCAAUAAAGUAUAUAUUUUACUACUGUCAUCGCCAUGGAACCUAACACUAAGCAGCCACACUGCCUUGGAGAACGCAUAAUCAAAAUCGAAAUGAUCCCUGGUUUCAUCACGACUUUUGCAUAAAACACAGGUGGUGGUGCCAAUCAUUCAUAAAUAUAUUUUAAAAAAUUAUUAUUAUUACACUUUUAAAUAUCUCUGAAAUUGUGCAUAAAGCUUCUGGAAGUCCCAGAAUCUAUUCUGCGUAAUAAGUUUCUUUUGAUAGCGAAAUUAACUUCAUUUAUUUUUUAAAUAAAAGAGAGUCAUACUGAGGUCUGUUGUCGUCAUCCAUAGAUACUGUAUGGGAACGUUGGAAAGUGGUGAAACCACGUUCCACAUAAUUUUGAUUUUUUUAUUUAAAUUUUUUAUUUAUAGAUUAUUUUAAUAAAUUAAUAUUAAAAAUAUUUUUUUUUAAAAUAAAAAUAUUUUUUUAAUAUAUUUUUAAAAAAUUAGAAGCAGAUUUCUAAAUUCCGUCUCCACAUUACACAAACAAAAAAAUGUCACUCUCUUAUCUAUCCCUUCUAUCAUGUCCAGGAGGAGGAGUGUUCCUUUUGGCUCCUCUUCGUCUGUGCCCUCUAGUCUAGGGUUUUUUCCUUUUCCUUAUUUACUCUAAAAAAAAAAAAACAGUAGCAGCAGUAAGUGGAGAGAGAGAUGGCGUCGAA